ACACACACACACACACAGGUGAGAACAACAGAGCGAGGACAGACCGAAGCAGCAGGUGGAGGUCGAACGUUAACGUCACAACGGAAAGAACAGGUGGAGUGUUUUUUCGUGGUCAAAAUAAUCCCCUUUAUUUGAAAAAGGCACCAGCAGGAGUGGGAUGACAUGACGAACCUAGCAGAGAAAAGGCGCAAUAUGGAGGAUUUUUUCACAACGGUGGCAGAGGUGAAAAGCCUCAUUGAGAAGAUCUCCAGCCAAGCAGAGGAGCUGGAGAGAAGUCACGGCGUCGUCCUCUCUGCUCCAAACCACGACAGGAGGAAUAAAGAAAAGCUGGAGCAGCUGAACAGCGAGAUCAAGAGGAGCGCUGACCUGGUCCGAGCCAAGUUAAAAUCAAUGCAGAAAAAUUUGUCUGCGGAAAAGAACGGUAAAAGUUCCUCGGUAAUCCAGCGAAUAGAGACGAACCAGCACUCACACCUGACUCGCUGGUUUGCAGAAACCAUGCGUGGCUACCACAACGCACAAUUAUCCUUCAGAGACAAAUGCAAAGCUCAAAUUCAGAGACAACUGGAGAUUGUGGGAAAAGUGACAACAGAUGAAGAGUUGGAGGUGAUGCUACACCGUGACAGUCUUACCGUCUUCAUAUCUGAUAUCAACUGUGAUGUUCAGAUUUCGAGCCAAGCUCUGAGUGAGAUUGAAUCUCGUCAUCAGGACAUUGUUUGCUUGGAGUGGAGCAUCAAAGAGUUGCAUGAAAUAUUCAUUGAUACUGCCAUGCUGUUAGAGAGUCAGGGGGAUUUGAUCAACAACAUAGAAAAGAAUGUGAGCAGUGCCGUGGACUAUGUUGACAUGUCCAAAGAAGAGACAAAUAAAGCCGUGGUGUACAAGAAAAACCCAUAUAAGAUCGCAUCUCUUCCAAGCUUCUUAAAACCCUUCAAGAGGCAAACAUCUUUUAAAACUGCUAUGGACCAAAACCCCUCAAACUCCAAUCAUAAUUGAGCUCCUGACUCACUCUUCUGGGGCAUAAACUACUCCAAACAUGCUUCAUCAGAUCACAGUGCAGUGCCGUGUUUGCCGCCUCUGAUGCCUGUUUUGUUUUUUUCUAAAGGCAGCUGUUAGUUUUAACUUGAUAAUGAACUUGAAUUUGAACUGCUUUUAAUAAUGUCCUGUAAAAUGAAAAGUGCCAAGGCCGUGGACAAGCCUUGCAAACCAGCAUGUGAGUCUGUCUGUGGACUACACAAAAGGAGAAAUAAGUUACUGUUGUCCAAAAUGAUAAUUAUUUAUUUGUUUGUUUGCUGACUUCUACCUUUUGACUCUAAACCCAGUCUCCUUUUCUUUUCACAGAAACUCUUACUCACUCAUAGUUGAUUUUCUUCUUAGUGGCCAGUAGAUGGCGUGAAAGCUUCAGAUGCUUCUUGGAAGCAAUGCCACGUUCUUCCUCUGUGCAGUGCUGCUGUAGUUGUUUUGUUUUGUCUUUUAAUCAAGCAGUGUGUUGUCAUGUUGUCUGAUACACCACAGUGCAGUGUUGAAGUUGCACUAAAAUUGUUGAGUUUAACACCGCUCCAAUUUAACAUUCCAAAUUACUCUUUAAUGUUUUCAUCAACACUGCAGAAUUUACUGUGUAAUUAUUUAAUUGCCAAUUGUUUGAUUGAAAAAAACAAGUGCUGUGUCAAUGCUAAAUAAAAUUUUUUCUAAGUGGUACUUUUAA